AAUACUACGCGAUGGACGAUACAACUUCAGCCUUCCACCAUGUCCAUUCCCUUCUCAAGCGCUAUGGCGAGCGCCAGGCUCCUUAUCUCAUUCCAAAUCCGAACCUUUCCCAUUCCCCCUCUCCCCGUCGCUCCUCCGCGGUUGUUCUUCAGACCCUCCACUCCCUCGCCGGCGCUCAGAUUCUCCUGCGACCCCAGACCCCUGCGCCUGCGACUGCUGACCACUCGUGCCGGCGCCAGCACCAGCAGCUACAUCUUCGCCUUCUCCAUCCCCUUCUCUCUCAUUCUCAUCACUGUUCUCACCGCUCUUAAAAUCGGCGAUAACCUCGACAAGAAAUUUCUCGAGGAGGUUACUCUGAAUGAAGCCAUUAUGGAAGCAGAUGAGGAGAACAAAGAUGAUAAUUCAGAAAUAUCCUUCGAACCAAAACCUGCUCUUCCACGAACUCGCAACCGCCCUAAAAGGGAAGCUGAGGUGUAAAUAAUGGCAGAGCUUUCGAAGGUGCCACAAUCAGACGGUAGAGAAAUGGCUCAAAGAAUGCUUCCAUGUAUUAUUAUUGUAUGUAAAUUUUUCUUCGUAAUAACAUUAGUAAAAGAAAAAAAAAAUUAACAAUAUUGUUGUA